GGAGAACUGCACGGUUCCUAUCAAUAUUCCGGACAUUCUUGCUGCUGCUUUCGCUAAUAUGCUUAGCUAUAUCUACACGGACGUGGUGACGAAUUUCACCCAGACAACGUCUUCCACACGCUGAAGUGCGCUGACAAGUACGACUUGUCGUUGCUGGCAACGAUGUGUACCGACUUUGUCAUGGACACGCUCAACGUCAACAACUGCCUGCUUAUUCUGGAAAACGCACUGAAUGCGGUUCAGUACGCGGCUGCAGCGUCGAACAUUCUGGAGAAGUGUCUGUGUCUGAUUGACGAAUCAACGAACACCGUCUUGGAAUCGACGCAUUUCGGUGCGAUUGGACAAGAGGAGCUGCGCACCAUUCUCCAACGGGAUACACUGACCGCCAACGAAGACACCAUUUGUUCGUCUGUUGAUAAGUUGGCUGCAGACAUGUGCACGCAAAGGAACAUCCAAGCGUCCGCCGCCAAUCGUCGUCGAGUAUUGGGUCAGGCGCGGUUUCUCAUCCGUUUUCCACUACUGACCGAUGCGCAGCUGCUGAAUGGGCCCGUUUUGAGUGGAUUGUUAUCGCAAUCGGAACUAUUGGACAUUUACCAUUAUAAGUACGCCGCUAUCAAGCCGCCGCUGCCCUUCCGUACGGAACCCAGACAAAAUGUACGCGCUGAGGGUGUUAUUCGGUAUACGAUUCCGGAUAUUAGGCAGCUGCAGGAGACUCAUACGUUCAGCGAUCCCGUAACCAUUAGAAAGCUACUGUGGAGUAUCGUCGUCUGCAAAAAAACCAGCGGUGACUCAGCCACUCUGGGCUUCUACCUGCGGUGUUCGGCCUGUCCCCAGUGGGUUUCUUGGACGUGCCAGGUCAAUGCAGAGCUGCGCCUUCUGCCUUGGAAAACGGAAACUGCACCAUUUCGUCGGCACAUUUCCUCAAUGUUUGGCAGGGAUCAUCGUUAUUGGGGACGCGCGGAAUAUAUCUCUAUGGAGGAAUUACUGGAUCCGGCGAAAGGCUACGUCAACCCUACCGACUUCUCCUUGAAGUUACAAAUUCAAGUGACUGCUGGUCUGCCGGUUGGAACCGAAUGAAUGCACGUCGAAAUGCGGGGAUGGGUGCAGAAAAUGUGGCACGAGUAAACGAGGAAGUGACAAAGUCUUCGGAAUGGUUCAAAUUUUUCUCUUGGAUUCUGACUGAUCAGUGAGGCAGCGAAUUUGGAUGUACAGAUAUCGGGAACAGCGAUUAGCGUAAAUACAGUAAAAAUAAAAAUGUCUCCGGAAAGCCCUCAGUUUAUUCUGAAAUGACCCAUACCGUUUGUAUGUUCAAUAACAAUUCUUGUUACUGGAUUUUUAGUAAAACUGGGUUCGGAUGAGUUUAUGAGCUGAU